AUGACUACAGCCAAGGAGACCAAUGCUUCAGGGAAAUCCGUGCAGCAGCAGGAACAGGCCCCAGCUGUGCCCACCUCUGGCCCUGGCUGUGCCCACCUCCAGGCCCCGGCUGUGCCCACCUCCAGGCCCCGGCUGUACCCACCUCCAGGCCCCGGCUGUGCCCACCUCCAGCCCCAUCUGCCCACCUCUGGCCCCGGCUGUGCCCACCUUCAGCCCCGUCUGCCCACCUCUGGCCCCAGCUGUGCCCACCUCCAGGCCCCAGCUGUGCCCACCUCCAGGCCCCGGCUGUGCCCACCUCCAGCCCCGUCUGCCCACCUCUGGCCCCAGCCGUGCCCACCUCCAGGCCCCAGCUGUGCCCACCUCUUGCCCCCGGCUGUGCCCGCCUCCAGGCCCCGGCUGUGCCCACAGCCUCUGACCCUCAAACAGCCUGCUGCAUCUCCCCUGUGGACCGAUGAGCUUUUCUGGGAGCGGACAGCGCUCCGCUGUCGGGGCCAGGGACAUCAGGAGCUGGUGGGGAGUAAUCCUCCACAAAGAAAUUGGAAGGGAAUAGCGAUUGCACUCCUUGUGAUUCUGGUCAUCUGCUCCUUGAUCGUCACCUCGGUCAUACUGCUGACACCAGCGGAAGAUAAUAGUCUGUCUCAGAAGAAGAAGGUCACAGUGGAAGAUCUCUUCAGUGAUGAUUUCAAAAUUCAUGACCCCGAGGCCAAGUGGAUAAGCGAUAAAGAAUUCAUCUACAGAGAACAGAAAGGAAAUGUGAUACUACAGAAUGUUGAAACAAAUAUUUCUACGGUGUUAAUAGAAGGCAAAAAAAUUGAAUCAUUAAGAGCCAUCCGAUAUGAAAUCUCUCCAGAUAAGGAAUAUGCUCUGUUUUCAUACAACGUGGAGCCAAUAUACCAACACUCCUACACUGGAUACUAUGUCCUGAGCAAAAUUCCUCAUGGGGACCCUCAAAGUCUGGACCCACCGGAAGUGAGCAAUGCGAAGCUUCAGUAUGCAGGGUGGGGCCCCAAAGGCCAGCAGCUGAUAUUUAUCUUUGAAAACAACAUCUACUACUGCGCACACGUUGGGAAGCAGGCCAUUCGUGUGGUGUCUACUGGGAAGGAAGGCGUGAUCUACAACGGUCUCAGUGACUGGCUGUACGAAGAGGAGAUUUUGAAGACCCACAUCGCCCACUGGUGGUCUCCGGACGGCACGAGGCUCGCCUACGCCACCAUCAACGACUCCCGCGUGCCCGUCAUGGAGCUCCCAACCUACACUGGCUCCAUCUACCCCACAGUGAAGCCCUACCACUACCCCAAGGCUGGAAGUGAAAACCCCGGCAUUUCCCUGCACGUCAUUGGCUUAAAUGGACCCACCCACGAUCUGGAGAUGAUGCCACCCGAUGAUCCACGGAUGAGGGAGUACUACAUCACCAUGGUGAAGUGGGCCACCAGCACCAAGGUCGCGGUGAACUGGCUGAGCCGGGCGCAGAACGUGUCCCUUCUCACCCUCUGCGACGCCACCACCGGGGUCUGCACAAAGAAACACGAGGACGAAAGCGAAGCCUGGCUCCACAGACAGAACGAGGAGCCGGUGUUCUCCAAGGACGGCCGGAAGUUCUUCUUCGUCAGAGCCAUCCCACAGGGGGGACAAGGGAAAUUCUAUCACAUCACCGUCUCGUCGUCCCAGCCCAACAGCAGCAACGACAACAUUCAGUCCAUCACAUCUGGAGACUGGGACGUCACCAAGAUCCUGUCCUACGACGAGAAGCGGAACAAGAUCUACUUCCUGAGCACCGAGGAGUCUCGGAGGCCACAGCUCCCCACAGCCAGCACGGUGGGCAGCUUCAACAGGCAGUGCAUGUCCUCUGACCUGGUGGAGAAUUGCACCUACUUCAGUGCAUCCUUCAGCCACAGCGCGGACUUCUUCCUCCUCAAAUGCGAAGGUCCUGGAGUCCCCACGGUGACCGUGCACAACACAACGGAUAAGAAAAAAAUUUAUGAUCUAGAAACAAACGAACACGUAAAGAAGGCCGUACAUGACCGACAGAUGCCGAAAGUAGAAUACAGGAAGAUCGAGGUUGACGAUUACACUGGCCGUGAGGGCAUCACCUGGAGUGACUCUCCUCGUGCCCACAGCAUGGCUACCAGGAGCACCUCAUUCCGGGCCUCUCCGUUCGCCUCCAAGAGGAUGAUGCUGAAGGAACAGUACAUCGAUAAGGCGCGUGUGGCCGUGUUUGGGAAGGACUACGGCGGGUACCUGAGCACUUACAUACUCCCAGCGAAGGGUGAAAACCAGGGUCAGCUUUUCACCUGUGGCUCUGCUCUCUCUCCAAUAACAGACUUCAAGCUCUACGCGUCUGCGUUCUCCGAGAGGUACCUGGGCCUCCACGGACUUGACAAUAGGGCAUACGAGAUGACCAAGGUGGCUCAUCGAGUGUCAGCCCUGGAAGAGCAGCAGUUUCUAAUCAUUCAUGCAACCGCUGACGAAAAAAUCCAUUUCCAGCACACGGCGGAGCUCAUUACACAGCUAAUUAAGGGGAAGGCUAAUUACAGCUUACAGAUCUACCCCGACGAAAGCCAUUACUUGCACAGCGCCUCCCUGCACCAGCACCUGUACCGGUCCAUCAUCAACUUCUUUGUGGAGUGCUUCCGGAUUCAGGACAAACUCCCCGCAGCCACAGCGAAAGAAGAGGAGGAGGAGGACUGA